AGUUGUUUUCUGGGGCGAGUGCUUCGAAAAGCCAGCCUCGUGAUUUAUUCUGUGCAUUUUCAGAGUUCCUAUAUUUACUUUCUAUCUGAAAAAGAUUCUGGUUUGUUUCCUUGUUGUUCCUAUCAGACCUGUUGUGUGACCAUUCUAAUGAUUCUAUGAAUAUUUGUUUUCGAUGAUAAUAUUUGUUUCACCACUUUCGAUCCUCCUACUCCCACACGCGUCACAGACCCUUGUGAGUUCGAACAACCAUCAAGCGAGAGUCUUCACGCUCGGCUCCUGGAGAUCGACCAAGCUCUGCAAAACAGAAACGAGGACGAGUAAAGCGUGAAACCUAUUCCUACUCGCAGCCAGCAGUAUGAGCCAUCCUAUCCUAGUUGCGCACGAGGGGGGCCGACAGGACGACGCCGUGUCGUGGCUGCCUUCGUAUCUGAGGAUAGAUCCGGUGUUAGAAGUUCCGUCUUUCGACCAGACCGCUUUACUCUAUGCGCAGGCAGGAUGGAGCUAUCCUGCAAUCGCCGCGAAAGACUACUGGCAGUACCAGAAGCAGGAUUCCAAUUCUACGGUUGGUAGUGUGGAUCCUCCUGCCGACAUAGCGGGUAUUAAGGCCACUCAUAUACAUCUUGUUUUCAGCGCGAACAUCACCUCGAGUAGUUCUUGUAUAAAUUUGUGUUUUAUAUGAAUAGUUCAGCUAGAACUAUAACACGGAACGAACACAUGAGAUGACCUGGAUGAUCGACCUCUACAUGUCAUUGAUGGACACGACGCGUGUUGUCACUUAAUUGAUUCUAAAGUUGUCGGGGAGCAAGGAGGAGGUGGAGAAAAAGGUCGCGAUCGUGAAAGAGGCGGUGGCAAAGGUAAGAUCGACUACACAACAGCUUCGCUCUACAGCUCAGUCUACAACUACCCGGGCUCAUAUGGCAAGGGGAAGAGCGGCAAAGGCGGAAAAUGGACAGGUGGGAAGUACGGCGAGGAGUACUAUUCAUCGUGGAAACCGUCAAAAGGCUACCAGGGAUCAGCCAAAGCGGCAGGCGGAAAAGGCAGUGGUUGGAAAUAUUCCAGCUCGAAGUCAAAAGGCUACGUUAUGAUCACUCACGUAAUAUUCUUACAUCAGUUCUUCUUUCGUAUGCUUUAUUCACAAAAGGACAUGAAACCACGAGAACGUCGUGGUCUCGCCUACUUGGGUAGUUCUUGAACAACAUGAAAUCAUCCUAGUUUGUUCUAAAACUUGCGACGGGGGUGACAGGGCGAAGGGCAUGUCGAGUUACAGCAAAUCUGAAUCUCGAGGGGCAACAUCGGAAUACGGAGAGCGUCAAAAAGGCGAAAAAGAAAGUUAUGCCUGUUUAGAUCUAGAAUUUCCCUAAAACUAAGCGCAGUGCAGCUAUAACUCUCCAAUAUACUUUGAUGUUCAUUCUAAAAAAGACGAACUGUCUUCUAAAGCGAUAGCUCUAAGACUUUGAUGCCCAUGAUGACGACGAGGAGGAGACUGUGACGACCGGCGGACGCUGGGUGAGAAUGAACUCGGCUGGCGUGGCCGAGGAAGAAACUGAGGAACGCAAGAAGCGUGGAGAAAAAAAAGUACAGUAAGAUAAGUAGCCAGUAGUUGUGAAUUUUCCGAGAUUGUGGUCUGAAUUUGUUUGAAAUGGUGUUUGUAUUCCUAACUAAACUUCUGGUACUCUGGCAUACACUUCUACUUUGACUCUCCGUGAUGCCUAGACUUGAAAAUGUUGCUGAACUUCUAUACCAUUUUCAGGGAGCAUUCGAAAACGAAAUGUCACGGCUUAUUAACGAUUCUAUCUACAGUUGGAGGAAAGCGCGUGACCGCUCCUUUCUACUGGCAAUUGAGCGUGACAUCGUCAUUUGCAGCAAGGUGCUUGUCCUUUACUUGCGUAGAAUAUACAUUUCAACAGGUACGACUUCUAUUAUUCCCUUGAUCUAGUACUAGGUAGUUUCAAUAUCGAAUUAGAAUUGCUGGGUGCUGUUUCCUUGAAAAGUUUUUUCCUUGCUUUUCUGGUUAAAAUUCUCCCAUUAAGUCUAUUGUCAUUGUCAUCUUCCUCUCCUGCCAAACUAGGUAGCAGCGAUGACCGGCGUGUUAGUUCCAGGGACGCACUCCAAGUACACGCGAGCUCUAUGUUAUCAACUGGCAAAACAUCACGGCUUUAUUGCGGAGGUUGAAGUCUCCGAGCACUGGAAGACGCCGGACCGGACAACGCACACGUCCCACGAAAGGAAAAUGCGUUUCUUGAAAACGGACAAAGCUGCCUGCAAAGAACCUAGCUUUUACUCGCUUGUGGUGCGAUUGUGCGGCGCUCAGCUUUUGGCUGGCCACAUCGGCGGGGCGCGCUCUAAAGGAAGUCUUUGGGGAGCGCCACUGUGGGUGGACUCAACAGGUACAAUAGAAGUUUUCAUGACACUGGAUUUGAGUUAUUUGUAGUUUCUACUCGCGAUGCCCUUUAGAUGUUUCUUGUGUUAUGCACCAAAAUCCCUUUCAAGAUGGGGAUUCUAUAUUUUCCUCUAGCUAUAUCAAUAUGAUCUCAUGCAUUCACAUUGUCCCUGAAUACCAUCUCUUCGACUUCUUCAGUGGGUAAAAAGCGCGAUGCGGUUUUGGUAGAGGUUUUCGGGGAUGAUGACCAGAAGCAGGUGGACGCGAUAACGAGUGAGAUCGUUGAUGGUGAGACUGAAGGCGAAGGUAUGCGCGAAAUUCUUGAGGCGGCUGUCGAGAAGGCGGAUCGCGCCUUGAAUCUCAAUGCAGGUUUGCGGAACCAAUGUAAGACCAGAGUUUUUAGAUUCCAUGUUAUUACAAAAAGUGUCACAAGAAGUACUUGCUCUUCUUCCUGCACUGCAAUAUAGUACAUUUUUACUUUUGACAACUCUAAAAAAUCCGGAACAGCUGAUCGACGGGAGCUGCGGGAAGCUGUUCUGCGCGACUCAUCCCCGGAGAAACCAGCGCGGCCGUUGAGUGAUGCAGAUACUGAAGGAGCUGGCGGAGAAGCAUCGCAAGAGGACCAGCCGACACUCUCUCCGAACCAGCCGCCAAAGAAGACGGGGCAGACUUUUUCGAUUUUCUCCUUUCUCUCGUGUGCUAAGAGAAAGCGCGAUGAAUGA